CGUUGUCAUGUUGUCAGAAUCAGAGGAACAUCUGUGAUCAACCAGAACCAGGUAGAUCUGAGCGUCUAUGUGGAGAAACUCUAGGUCUGGUUUUAGUCUGUGUUUGGUUCACGGCCCUCAUGUGGGAGAGACAGGAAGUGGGGUGGUCUCCUCAGCAGCCAAUGACAGAACAGGGUUGGUGAUAUCAAACAGAAGGACCAAUCAGAGUGAGUGGGACGGUCCAGAAUUGGGUCCAGUCCCUGCACAGUAAGAUUAGAAGGUCCAACUGAACUGAAGUAUUUGUGCAGCUUACAAGGUACUGAGUAUUUCCUGUGAAGUACUCAGUGUGGUUCCGGUACCAUGGACUCUGAGGUUCCCCCCACGCUCUCUCUCGUCUCUGUGUUGUCUCUGCUGGGCUGCAGCCUCCAGCUGCUGGUGGCUGCCCUCCUCACACACAGGUAUGGUGGGCGGAGCUCCAAGACGGACUGGUGGAUCCUGCUGUGGCUGUUCUAUGAUGUCAUCGUCCACCUGACGCUGGAGGGUCCGUUUGUUUACAUGUCUCUGGUUGGGACAGUGGAGACAUCUGAAGGUCCUCUGGCUGAACUCUGGAAGGAGUACGGUAAAGCAGACAGUCGCUGGUUGGUUUCUGAUCCAAACAUCGUCUCCCUGGAGAUUCUGACGGUGGUUCUGGACUCUCUGCUAGCUCUGCUGCUGAUACAUGCAGUGCUCAGUGACAAGUACUACAGACACUUCCUGCAGAUCACACUGAGCGUGUGCGAGCUGUACGGCGGCUGGAUGACCUUCUGUCCUGAUUGGCUGCUGGGCAGUCCUCACCUGGACACGUCCAACCCGCUCUACCUGUGGGUCUACCUGGUCUUCUUUAAUGGACUCUGGGUCCUGGUCCCGGUUCUGCUCCUGGUCCAGUCCUGGUUGUGUCUCCAGAGUCUUCAUGCAGUGAAAGAAGACAGAAGGACGGCCCAGAAGAAGAAGAAGCUGUAGACGAUGAUCUACAGCCUUUCACUGUUUGAGCUCAUCGUUUUCUCAGACUGGUGACAGAAAUUAUUUUGUAGCAGGAAGGAACAAAUCACAGCUGGAUCAUCACUAAAACUUUUAUUAAUCUGUAUAAAUAAAAUCCUGAGGUUAAACGA